AUGGCAGCAGGCGCGUUCGGCGUUGGGGAGCGGGUGCGCUGCUCGAACUCGAUGGUCGGCAUCUGCCAGUUCAUCGGAACCAUCGAACACAAGCAGGGGAUCUGGGUGGGCAUCGACCUCGGCGGGGAGCCAGCCUGGCGCGGGAAGGGGAAAAACUCAGGCUCAGUGAACGGCGUGGUCUACUUCGACUGCCAGCCACUCUGCGGCAUCUUCUUCCCCAUCGCCAAAGUCAGCCCAGCCAACGACAGCCAGCCAGCACCCAGAACACGCACAAGCUCAGCAGCAACCCCACGCCCAACAAAACAGCAGCGCCCAUCACUACCCCCACCCCCACUACUCAGCAGCAGCACCACAUCCUACAGGAACAACUUAAACAACAACAACAACAACAACAACUUAAACAACAACUUAAACAACAACUUAAACAACUCAAACAACUUAAACAACUCAAACAAUCUCACCAAAUCAACCAGCAAACGAGCAUCAGUCACCGCAACCACCAUCCGACCCAGCUCACGAACCGCACUCAAACGACCCGAAUCAGUCAACAGCCACCAUGCACGCACAGCAACCCCCGAAUGGGCACGCCAACGAAGACCAUCCUCACGACUGAGCAUCAUCACCCCAACACCACCACCACCACCACCACCACCACCACCACCACCACCACCACAACUACCCACCACCUCACCAGAACAGCUCAUCGAGCUCCAGCAACGCAUCCUCCAACUCGAGUCAGACCUCAACCAGAAAAACCAACAAGAAGAACUCACAAACAGAGCCCAGCACGAACUCACCCAGAACAACAACCAGCUCCACGAACAGCUCGCCACACUCAACAAGACCUGCGCACUCAGCCAAGAGACCGCCACCCAACAGGCCGCACAGUUCGAGAAGGAAAGAAGCGAACUCCAGAACCAACUCCACCAACUCAGAUCAGCCGGCCAAUCCCUCUGCGGGGUAUACGAAAACAAGAUCUCAGACCUCGAAGAACUCCGGCUGGAGCAGCAGCACAAAUCAGAACUGCUGGCAGAGGAACUCAAGGCGACCAAACUGACACUUGAAGAACUACUACUACACAAAAACACCCAGAACCACCCAAAAUCAUCACCAUCAUCACCCCCACCCAACAGGAGCAGCCAUCUCCAAGCGAUCGAGAUCGACAACGAGAGUCUGCGCGCCGACCUGAAAUACACCCAGGAACGGCUCUCCGAGGUACAGGAUGAGGCCUACCAACUCAAGCAAGAACUGGCCCACGAACGCGAGGCACGCGAAGAACUCGCCCAAACCCACCAGCAAACCCACCAGCAGCAGAUCAAGACCAUCAAGACCGUCAGGGAGGAGCUCAGUCUGCUGGACAGGGAAAAGGCCGAGCUGCAGGAGAGACUCGGCCAGGCAGAGAGCCGCCUCAAGGAAACCGGGGAGACCAUGGAGCAGGAACGCGCCGAACUAGAAGCCCUCAGAGCAGAUCACCUCCUCGCAUCCUCAUCCCACCCCCAUCCCAACAACAAACACCAGCUGGAGUCAGAGAUGACCCACCCCAACAGCAACAACAAGCACCAGGAGAUCAUCAAGGAGAAACAGGCACGGAUCGACUUCCUCGAGGCCCAGCUCAACCGGUACUCCUCCUCCUCCUCCUCCGACCAAUCCAAGACGAACAUCAGUCUGGACUCCCAGCCGAUCAUGGACCAGGAGAAGAUGCUGGUCAUCCAGAAGUAUCAGCGCCUACUGCUGGUCAAGGACGAGGAAAACCUCAAGCUGCUCGCAAAACUCGAAGAGCUCGAGGAGGAGCUUGGCCAUCCCAUGACGAAGGCCCGGCCCAUCAAGAACCACUCCCCAGCAAGGCUGCGCCACAAGACCAGCACCCAGUCACUCACCCGCUCCAGCCCCCGCCCACACAACCACCACAUCAUUAUGGCCCGCUCGGUCUCAUGCACGACCAUCGACGAACAAGCCAGCGCCGGCGAACUCGCGAGGGCUAACCAACAGAUCGUCGGCCUCAAGGUCAUCGCCAGACAGGCUAACGAGGAGCGGAGCAAGCUCGAGAAAAUCACCACCGAGCUCAAGGAGGAGGUCGAGGAACUCAAACGAGAUAACCGGGUAUUGGAGCAGAAGCUGGCCGGCUUGGUCAAACCGGGAAAGACGGCGUGUCCGUCGAGUAGUCGGAUGAGGUCGGAGACGAUCGGGCCCACCGGGCGCAAAUACUCCCUGCAGCAGCUGGGCAUCGAGAACGAGGUGGGCCUGCUGACGGAGAUCGGCAACCACCAGCCGCAGAGCGGCUCGUCCACUCCGAUGGCCGCCCGGGACCACCAGGCCCCCACCGGCGACAUCGUCCUCGGCGACUACAGGAAGGUGCGCAAACUCGAAGCCGAGGUGGACGCGCUCAAGUCCCAGCUCGUCUUGCUCGACUCGAAACACGCUCGGGACGUGGAGGCGCUCAACAAAGAGGUCAGCGAGCUGGAGGCCAUCAUCGAGUCCAAGAUCUUCCAGGAAGAGGCCCUCGAGGAAGAGGUCGAGCGGCUGACGGAGCGGCUGCAGCGGCUGGCGGCGCCCGACGGCCGUCCAGGCGACCGGGGCGGGUCCGAGCGAGCAGCCGCCCCGGAGCGCGAGCGCGCCCUCCCCCGGAUGGCCCCUCUGGCCCUUCCUCCUCUGUUUCUGUCGACCCCGGCCCGUCGGACGAGCCGUGCGAGCUGUGCGACCGGCCCGGCCACCAACUCGACACCUGUCCCAUCUUCGCCACCGACAUUUAACCCUUAA